AUGCACGGCCGGCGAGACCUCCAGGAGGUCGUGGGGAGGCGCAGCGGCAGCGAUGUGGAAUGGUCGAGGCUCCGCGCCGGCAUCCUCCUGCGUGGGAAAGCCGGUGUCUCCCCGCCAGCAGAGGCGCCCCGCCUGCGCCCCAGCACGUGGGGGGACUUUGAGGGCUUCCGGGGACCUCCAGUCGAGUCUGGACCGCCCUCUCAGUCUCUUCAACUCCUGGAGAGAUCCGCAGAGCCUCGGCCACCCAGGACUGCUUCUGCUCCAAAGGAGCGUGGUUCUCUCCAGCUAUGCCCGGGUGGACCUUGGAUGACGGGAACCGUGGUCGUCCCCUCCCGAAGUAUUUCUAACCCUGUUCUAAGCUAUGAGGACAUUUUUAAGUUUGCUUUUCAAGAAGUAACAGUCCCAAAGGCGACUGAGGAUUUUUCAACCUUACACCAUUUUUCAGAAAUAAGGAGUGAAGAAAAACCAGGCUUUGAAUCUGUACAUAAAUUCUGUUCUGAGUCUAGAGAACUCUGGAGAGCCCUGCAGAACACUAAUGCCUCGUGGUGCCUCUGGAGUGGAUCCCGUUGCCAGAAGAACUUCUUGUUCUCAGAGUAG